AAAUCCUGAGCGCCGAGGAUGGCUACGGCGGCGUCGAAUCCCUACAGCCUGCUCAGCUCCAGCUCCUUGGUGCACGCGGCGGACGCGCCGGGCAUGCAGCAAGGCAGCCCUUUCAGGAACCCGCAGAAACUUCUGCAAAGUGACUACUUGCAAGGCGUGCCGGGCAACGGGCACCCGCUGGGCCACCACUGGGUGACCAGCCUGAGCGAUGCGGGCCCCUGGUCGUCCACCUUGACCAGCAGCCCCCUGGACCAGCCCGACGUGAAGCCCGGGCGGGAGGACUUGCAGCUGGGGGCCAUCCUGCACCACCGCUCGCCCCACGUCGGCCACCACUCGCCCCACCACGCGGGCCACGCCAACGCGUGGGGGGCCAGCCCGGCGCACAACGCGGCGCUGCCGGCCAGCGGGCCGCCGCCGCCGCCGCUCAGCGUCUACUCGCAGGCGGGCUUCACGGUCAGCGGCAUGCUGGAGCACGGCGGCGGCGGGGGCGGCGGCGGCGGCCUGACGCCCCCGCCGCCGGGGACGCCGCAGCAGGCCCUGCACCAGGUGCUGCGCGACCACACGCCGGAGCACGGCGGCGGCGGCGAGCUGGGCUCGCACCACUGCCCGGACCACUCGGACGAGGAGACGCCCACGUCGGACGAGCUGGAGCAGUUCGCCAAACAGUUCAAGCAGCGGCGCAUCAAGCUGGGCUUCACGCAGGCCGACGUGGGGCUGGCGCUAGGCACGCUGUACGGCAACGUCUUCUCGCAGACCACCAUCUGCCGCUUCGAGGCCCUGCAGCUCAGCUUCAAGAACAUGUGCAAGCUCAAGCCGCUGCUGAACAAGUGGCUCGAGGAGGCCGACUCGUCCACGGGCAGCCCCACCAGCAUCGACAAGAUCGCGGCGCAGGGCCGCAAGCGCAAGAAGCGCACCUCCAUCGAGGUCAGCGUCAAGGGGGUGCUGGAGACGCACUUCCUCAAGUGCCCCAAGCCCGCGGCCCAGGAGAUCUCCUCCCUGGCGGACAGCCUGCAGCUCGAGAAGGAGGUCGUGCGGGUGUGGUUCUGCAACCGGCGGCAGAAGGAGAAGCGCAUGACGCCGCCGGGCGAGGCGCCCCAGCCCCACGAGGUGUACGCGCACAGCGGGAAGACAGACGCCGCCUGCCACGACCUCUGACUAUGACGGA